AUGUACAGCCUGAGCCUGCAGAGGAGUUGGAUAGAAGGUGAGGGCGGCAGGCCGCUGGCUGCGCAUCUCGGCGGGUCACUUUCCCACGGGGAAGUUUCUUGGCCAGGAAAGGAGUUUGGAGAAAGCAAGGUCUUCAAAUUUUGUGGAUUGGAAACAUUGACAGACAGCAGAGCGCAACAAAGGGAAAGAGAGUCCCUGGCGUUGCAGAGCCGGAUUUGUGGUGGUCCAUGUCCCCGGGCACCUGAGUUCAUCCACCGAGUCUCUCUCUCUCUGCCUCUUGCCCUAAGCAUAGAAGAGAUGGAGGAGCCGAUGCGCGGUGGCUUAUGGGCUACACAACAUGAGCCAGAGAUGGUCCGCCCAAGCCUAGAGAAGACACUCAGGAGUCUCCAGCUGGAUUAUGUUGAUCUUUACAUUAUCGAAAUUCCCAUAGCUUUGAAGCCUGGAGACGAAAUUUAUCCUAAAGAUGAGAAUGGUAAAUGGUUAUAUCACAAGGCUAACCUGUGCGCCACGUGGGAGGCUUUGGAGGCUUGCAAAGAUGCCGGCCUGGUGAAAUCCCUUGGAGUGUCCAACUUUAACCGAAGGCAGCUGGAACUCAUCCUGAACAAACCAGGACUCAAAUACAAGCCUGUUAGCAACCAGGUUGAAUGCCACCCAUAUUUCACCCAGUCCAAACUCUUGAAAUUUUGCCGACAGCAUGACAUUGUCAUUGUUGCAUACAGCCCUCUGGGGACCUCUAGGAACCCAUCCUGGUAA